CAAAAUACUUAUUGGAUUUGCCGUCUAUUGGGCCCAAUUUCUUAUAAGCUACGACGCACUAGGGCGGCGUCCAAGCGUGGGGAAGCGAUUCGCAGGAAAGGCGGCAACGGGUGGUCGGGCUGCUUGAUUAUCGUCAAGCCAGCGUGGCGAGAGACUCCAGCUCCGAGAGUUGGGAAGCGGGCUGCGCCGCCACGUUUUCCGCCCAGCCCUGCCUGGCCUGUAAGUGUGUGGGACGUCGCGAACUCCCUCGCGUCCCCCCCCCCUUCUCUCCGUCGGCUCCUUUGCUCCGCCAGUCUCUGGCCUCCCCAACGGAGCCCCGUUCCAGUUCCUCUCGCUCCUGGGCUCCUCUGCGUGCGGGACACCUUGGCAGUGUGGAAGGAGGCUGGCUGGCGAUCGGAGGCAAGAAGUGGCUCGCUGACAAGAGCCGCGGCGGUCCGGCGAACCAGGAGGAGCCUGCAGGGAUGCAAGCAGCCCAGCAGCCGCGCCUACCUCUCUGAUCCGCCGGCUUUGCUGUGGUCCCAAGUUGGCUGAGUGAGGAGCACCGCAGCCUGGCGCCAAGGGGGAGAUCCGGCGGCGGAGGGACCCCCUGUCCUAACUCGCCCCCCGCUGCCUUUCUGCCUUAAAAGUUGCAGGGUUGCUGGAGGAGGAGGAGGAGGAGGAGGAGGGAGACGAAGAGGCGCAGGGGGGCUUCGCGUGGGGAGGCUGGAGCCUCCUUCGGAGAGGAGGGCGUCUCUGGAGACCAGCGAGAGGAAGAGCGAGGGAGGCGCCGUCGUCGCCGCCGCCGGCACCAUCACCACCGCCUUAGCCGGGCGCGAUGCCUUCUGCCUGGAGCCGAGGAGCGUCUGGCCCCGGGGUGAUCGCCCUGCUUUUGGUGGCCGUUGGCAACCUGGGACUUUGCCACGCAGGGAUUGAGUAUGGAGAUGUACUGCCAGAUUCCUUCCCAUCAGCACCUGCAGAGUCCCUUCCCAAUUUCCUCUUAGAACCACAAGAUGCCUACAUAGUGAAGAACAAGCCCGUGGAGCUGACCUGCAGAGCCAACCCAGCCACUCAGAUCUACUUCAAGUGCAAUGGAGAAUGGGUGAAUCAGAAUGAUCAUCUCACAACAGAGAGUCUGGAUGAAGUCACUGGGCUCCUUGUAAGAGAAGUCCAGAUCGAAGUCUCUCGCCAGCAAGUGGAGGAGCUGUUUGGGCUAGAAGAUUACUGGUGUCAAUGUGUGGCAUGGAGUUCUGCUGGAACUACAAAAAGCCGCCGAGCUUAUGUCCGGAUAGCAUAUCUGAGGAAGAACUUUGACCAGGAGCCACUGGGGAAAGAGGUGCCUCUUGAUCAUGAGGUCCUUUUGCAAUGCCGACCUCCUGAAGGAGUGCCAAUUGCUGAGGUGGAGUGGCUGAAGAACGAGGAUGUGAUUGAUGCUUCCCAGGAUACAAACUUCCUGAUAACCAUAGAUAACAAUCUUAUCAUCAAGCAGGCUAGGCUUUCUGACACAGGCAACUACACCUGUGUGGCAAAAAACAUUGUUGCUAAACGGCGGAGCACCACAGCUACAAUCAUUGUUUAUGUGAAUGGUGGCUGGUCUACCUGGUCAGAAUGGUCUUCAUGCAGCAACCGUUGUGGCCGUGGAUGGCAGAAACGUACACGCACCUGCACCAAUCCAGCACCACUCAAUGGUGGCUCUAUUUGUGAUGGACAAUCUUUCCAGAAGAUUGCCUGCAGUACCAUGUGCCCAGUCGAUGGAGCUUGGACUGAAUGGAGCAAGUGGUCAGCCUGUAGCACCGAGUGCACGCACUGGAGGAGCCGAGAAUGUAUGGCCCCAUCUCCCCGAAAUGGAGGCAAAGAUUGUAGCGGCGUCCUGCUUGAUUCCAAAAACUGCACCGAUGGGCUCUGUAUGCAAAAUAAAAGAUUUGUAAGCGAACCCAAAAGUCACCUACUGGAGGCAUCUGGUGAUGUGGCUUUGUAUGCUGGCAUAGUGGUGGCCAUUUUUGUCUUCAUUGUUAUCUUGAUGGCUGUUGGGCUGGUUGUGUAUAGGCGAAACUGUCGGGAUUUCGACACGGACAUAACUGACUCCUCUGCUGCAUUAACGGGAGGCUUCCACCCAGUUAAUUUCAAAACUUCCAGAAAUGAUACCCCCCAGUUGCUCCAUCCUUCAGUGCAACCUGAUCUAACUGCCAAUGCUGGUGUGUAUCGUGGUCCUAUGUAUGCCUUGCAAGAUUCUUCAGACAAGAUCCCGAUGACCAACUCUCCGUUGCUUGAUCCGCUCCCUAAUCUCAAGAUCAAAGUGUAUAAUUCCUCCACGGUACCCUCGUCCUCUGGGAUGCACGAAGGGGCAGACCUGUUAGGAGCCAUGCCCCCGGGCUCCUUCCCAGGAGACAGCUACAGGGAUAAUCAUUUCAUGAAUCUAAGAAACAAAAGUAUGGGCUCCCAGCAGCUUCUGACUCUGCCUCGAGAUCCUGGGAAUAGUGCCACAGGGACAUUUGGCUGCCUGGGAGGAAGGCUCAUCAUCCCUGGUGCAGGUGUUAGUCUGUUAGUGCCACAUGGAGCAAUUCCUCAGGGGAAGUUCUAUGAAAUGUAUCUGAUGAUCAACAAAGCAGAAAAUAUUCUCUUUCCCUCUGAAGGCACACAGACAGUACUGAGUCCCAGAGUGACCUGUGGUCCUACAGGGCUGCUCUUAUGCCGCCCAGUCAUCUUGACUGUUCCACAUUGUGCAGAGGUCACUUCCCCAGACUGGAUGUUGCAGUUGAAAACCCAAUCCCACCAAGGACACUGGGAGGAAGUUGUGACACUAGAUGAAGAGACUUUAAACACACCUUGUUACUGCCAGCUGGAACCCAAGUGCUGCCACAUCCUGCUAGAACAGCUUGGAACAUAUGUCCUUGUGGGAGAAUCCUACUCUAGGUCAGCCAUCAAGAGACUGCAGCUGGCUAUUUUUGCCCCCAUCCUCUGUACCUCAUUGGAAUACAAUCUCAAAGUAUAUUGCUUGGAGGACACACCUGAUGCUUUAAAGGAAGUGCUUGAAAUAGAAAGGACUCUUGGUGGCUAUCUGUUAGAAGAGCCUAAGCCUCUACUGUUUAAGGACAGUUAUCACAAUUUGCGCCUCUCAGUUCAUGACAUCCCUCAUUCACUUUGGAGGAGCAAACUCCUGGCCAAGUAUCAGGAAAUCCCAUUCUAUCACAUUUGGAGUGGUAGUCAGCGAGCUCUGCACUGCACCUUCAGUCUUGAGCGAUACAGCCCAGCUACUACAGAACUUACUUGCAAAAUCUGUGUUCGGCAAGUUGAAGGAGAAGGGCAGAUAUUUCAGUUACAUAUUACACUUGGAGAGAACUCCAGCUCCUCUGAUGCCUUGCAGUCCUACCCUGGCAGUGCCGUGACAACCCAGCUUGGACCACAUGCCUUCAAGAUUCCUCUAUCCAUUCGGCAGAAAAUCUGCAACAGUCUUGAUGCUCCCAACUCUAGAGGGAAUGAUUGGCGACUCCUUGCCCAAAAGCUCUCCAUGGAUCGGUACCUAAAUUUCUUUGCCACCAAAGCCAGCCCAACAGGAGUGAUCCUGGACUUAUGGGAAGCUCAACAUCAAGACGAUGGAGAUCUUAACACUCUGGCCAGUGCCUUGGAAGAGAUGGGCAAGAGUGAGAUGCUGGUUGUCAUGGCAACAGAAGGAGAGUGUUGAUGCAGCUGUUGAAGACUUCCAGCCACGUGGAGGAUUGAGUAAGAGAGGGACAGGAAAAAAAAAAA